UGACUCCAAUUAAGGGUCCUCAACACUAAGCGCUGAGGUUGACUUGCUCCUGGCCUGGCCUCCUUAACAAGGCCUUUGUCCCCUUAAUUGGCUAUCUCCGGGCUCUUUUCUCGGUCCCCUCACCUACCAGCCCUGUCCUAUAUCCCAGGUCCAACUAUGUGCUAAUUGGGCACCUGGGGGGUACACAGGAAGCUCCUUGGCUCCCAGCCAUUUGCCUUCCUACAGCCGACCUUCACCCAUGCGUCCCUCAAGCCUCAGGCCCAGCUCCGGGAAGUAGGGACCAUGUUAGGGAUCAGAGGGGGCCCUUACCUUUGCUCCCAGGGUUGACCCCAACCUCAGAGCUGCCCUGCCCUGGAGUCCCUGGCCCCUCAUAGAUUUGGGGAGGGCUUUCCAAUUAGCACUAUCUGGGGAGUGACUUCAGAGUGCCCUGGCCAUGCACCCUGGGGUCCCUGCGGCACUGGGGCUCUCUGAGCCUGGUCCCCGAGAGCUGUGUGCUUUUGUGAGUGGGGCAGCGGCCCACAUGCUGCGGGCCCUGCAGCCCAGGCGCACCCAGCCACGCAAGAGGAGGCCCAACCACAGGAGGUUCCUGCACAACCAGAUCUGCAGGCAAUUCGCCAAGAUUGAGGCUGCCACCCAGAGCCUGGCCCUAUCCAUCCUGUCCCAGGAGGCAACCCCCCAGAGAAAGCCAGCCAGAAGGCCACCCUUGCCGCCUCCAUCUCCCUUCCUGGGGGUGGCUUGUGCUAUGGUCCCCAGGGAGGCACCCCAUACCAGCGCCACCCUGAGCCUUGCUGCCCUAGAGGCCUCCACCCUUGACCUCUUCGAUGACAUCGCACUCACCCCAGACUGUUCUUCAGUGCCAUGUGAUCUGUCCUCACAGCCUCCGACUGCUGAUACUCCCCAGCUGGCGUGGGAUCUGUCCUGUCAUGCUCCGGGCCAGGGAGACCUGAGGCAGCAGGACAUGAUGCUGGCACCACAUUGCUCAGAUUCUCUGCCUCUUACACAGCAUGCCCAACGGGGAGAGUCUGAGACUGGGCAUCUGGACUGGAGCUGGGUGGACAGGUGGGAAGUGCCUAGUACCUGGCAUUCUCAGGGGAUCCGCCAAGACUGGGGGACCCCAUGAUUAUCAACUGCAAUGCAGCCCAGGGCCCAGGACAAAGCAGAGACCUCACCCAGAAGUCCCCUGACCUGUCCUCCACUCCUUUCCUGACAGACCCUGAGAAAAGAAGCCAAGCCCAGACUGCUGCCUCGCGCCAGUCUCAGGGGCCUCGCCAGGCCCAGGGCCCCACCUCUGCCCCUUGGGGGCUCACUCUGGGUUGCCUUCUCCCCUCUUUCUUCCCAGCCCCAUCUUGGCAUCUGUUGCUCCCUCUCACCUGGCUCAUCUCUGCCUAAUGUCUAGGCUCCUCGCAAUUAUUCCCAAGAUCUACUGAGCGCCUACCGUGGGCCAGGCCAGAUGGAGGUGUGGAGGUGCAGCAGAGGAUACCCUGCCCUCCGGGCGCUCUCAUUUGUGUUUGUGUGUGUGCAGGAGCCAACAAUAAACGAGUACCCACACGGGUCUUCAAACACCAA